AGCAUUUCCUCACAAAAAAUGUCAUCUUUCUCAUUUAUAGAGGACCGAGUCCAUCAAUCUCUCAGUGCUUGACUCUUGGACAGCCCAAACUGCACACUACCAGAGGGAAAGCAAAAAAAGCUAGACAGAAUAAUACUCCGUAUCCGAUAUGAAAAUGGAGGAAAGGACCACUCUCGAUCACCCUACGACCCUUUUCCGGUUUCUCGUUUCUCCACAAUGACCGAUCUCCAACCACUCCUGCUUCCAGAAACAUGGCAACCCAUCCGCCAUUAACGUCGUUAGAUUCCCUCUACUGCGAAGAGAGAUGGGAUGAAAGCUCAGAGCUUCGUGAAAUUACCAGAAACACCCCUCCCCUUCUCCUCCCUACGGUCUUUUCUCUGGCUCAGGACAUGAUGGUAUGGGAAGAAGACGACGAACUUCUCAGCCUUUUCUCCAGAGAAACAGAGACCCACUUAACCUCUGACCCUUCUCUGUCUCUUCCUCGUACGGCGGCUGUCCGGUGGAUUCUCAGAGUCAAUGCCCAUUACGGAUUCUCAGCGUUGACUCCAAUCCUGGCCGUUAACUACCUUGACCGGUUCCUCUCCGGUCUGACUUAUCAAGAAGACAAGCCAUGGAUGAUCCAGCUAUCAUCGGUCGCCUGUCUCUCCUUAGCUGCAAAAGUAGAAGAAAUUCAUGUUCCUCUACUUCUUGACCUUCAAGUGGAAGAUGCAGAGUAUGUGUUUGACUCAAAAACUCUACAAAAGAUGGAGCUUUUGGUUCUGACGACGUUAAAUUGGAGAAUGAAUCUGGUGACGCCGUUAUCUUUUCUUGAUCACAUCAUAAAAAGGCUGGGGUUGGAUCAUAAUCAUCAUCUCCGCACAAGAUGCGAGAGAUUGAUUCUGUCUUUCUUGCCUGAUUCGAGAUUCGUACGUUAUCUGCCGUCAGUGGUGGCCAUUGCAAGUAUGCUUCACGUUAUACAUGAAGUGGAGGCCAGCGAUGCGGUUGACUACCAAAACCAACUCUUUUCUGUUCUUCAGACGAGUAAGGAAAAAGUGAACUCUUGCUACGAGGUGAUGAGAGAGGUGUCAAAGAGUAGCCGCAGCGAGUGUCAUCAUCCAAGCAGUCCCAGUGGGGUUAUCGAUGCUGCGGCGGCUUUGUGUUGCACAGAAAGCUUCUCCGACUGGUGGGACACGGCGUCGCCGCCGCCAACGCCUCCCUUCAAGAAAAUGAGAUUUCAAUGCUAAACAACCGACGUCAACGCUAGCUGAUGUUAUGUGAGGCCACGCGCCGCCGCCCGUCGGCGCGUGGAUUUGCCAAUUUUCUCUCCCUAAACAGUUCAGUUUAAUUUUGUACUCCGUGAUAAUUUGGGAGUACGUAUUUAAUUGUAUGGAUUAUGACUUUGAUCGAUUGAGCAAUUAAUGCAUGCAUGAAAGGGUGAAUCCAGACUUGGUUUAAUUUAGUUCGUCAACCAUUAAUGGCCGUUUAAAUCCGGUUUCUAUGUGUCACGAUUAACGAAUUGAACAAUUUAACGCCAAGUUGGUUUCAACCUUUCAUGCAUCUCUUUUUUGUUUGGUGACAACAAGAUUCAAAGAC